AUGACGCCGAAGAACACGGGGCGAUGGACGUACGACGAGCACAGGCUCUUCCUGCGGGGGCUGGAGCUGCACGGCAAGGGUUGGAAGAAGAUCGCGUCGCUCAUCAAGACGAGGACGGUGGUGCAGAUCCGGACCCACGCGCAGAAGUACUUCCAGAAGAUCGCCAAGGCCAAGCAGAACGGGGAGCACGGGGACGUGGCGAUGGACUCGAAGGGGCACGGGUCUCGAAGAAAAAGCAGAGGGCGGAGAAGAAUGGAAGACCUGCUGAGGGGGUCGACGGCAGUGGCCCCUUCCCUGCAGCCCUACGUGGCCGGGGCAGGGGCGGUGGAGACCGGGCUCUACCGCUUCCUGUCCCCGAUAACAAUACAGGACCUGGAGCGGCCACCAGCUGCGGCGGGACAGGGGGGCACAGCAGGCGGGGUGGGCGGGGGGGCGGCUGGACUCGGCGGGAACGGCGGGGCUUCGCUUCAGUCCCAGCUGGCCGGGCACGCAACGUCGUCGGCAGGAGCGUCGCCGACAACGACAACGGCGGGAGCGGCAAUGGCGGCGGCAGCGGCGGUCCUUCCUCCGAACUGGUACCGAGCAGGCCGUGGCGUGGACGACCUGCUCACCGAGGCUGAGGGGCUAGACUGGCUGGCCGACAGCGGGGGUGCGGUGGCCGUCACGUCGGUGUCGGCGGUUAACCCGGCCGCCGCCGCCGCCGCCUCCCCCGCCCCCGCCGCCGUUGCCGGUGCCCACGCCGGCGUCGCCAGGGUCGCGUCGUCGUCGGAGCUGUCGAGCCAGCCUUUGCUCAAGAAGGUCCGGUCCACCACCGUGGACUCGUCGGCCCCGCUGGCCACGGCGACGACGAUGAACACCUCCUCGACCGCUGCCGCUGCCAUGGGCGGCAUCGCGCGGCCCUCGGCCAGCGCUGCCGCGAUGACGCCGUCGUCUUGGUCGUUGCCGCCGCCCCGGCCGGUGGCGUGCCCGCCGCCUGCCGCACCUCCAACCGCUGGAGUGGCUGUGGACGAGCUGACCCCGUCCGGCUUGCAGGGCUCGGAUGCCGAGGAGGGGCACCUUUCGGGCUUGUCGGACCUGGAAAGCCUCAUGGAGGACCAAGAGCUCCCGGGCUCUCAGCCGUUUGGACCAGUGUCGACCGCUGCCGAAGUGGCCGGCGCGGGCGGUGAUGGCAUGGACGACGGCAUGGUUGACGAAGACGCAUUCGUCAACGCGCUUCUAGACGCCUAG